AUGGCCUUCCUCGAGGACCCACGUCUCCGUCAGCGCUGGAACCAGAUCUCCCACAACGCCGAGACGGUCACCGAGACCGCCGCCGAGGGCAUCUGGACCUUCCAGCACCGCUACAUCAACCCCUGCCUCGGCGCGGUUGGCCACUCCAUCGAGUCGUGCACCGCGCCCUGCUUCGGCGACCGCGACGACCGCGCGCGGCGCGCACGGGUGAGGGGGCGCGACUAUGGGGCCAGGGCCGAGUACGCAUUCGACUUCUACGACGACUGGGACGACGACGACGAGGCGCUAGCGGCUGGGGGAGGAGGCAGCCACGGCGGCGGCAUUCUGGGGGGAUGGGCCGGCGGCGGGAGCUCCAGGGGCGACGACUGGGACCGCCUGAUCGGCGGCUCCGGCGCGGGCUCCAGAAAGGGGAACCUCGGGCCAGAGGUGGUGGAUCAGCCGCGGCGCAAGAGGGGGAUGAGCUACGGGACGAGAGGCGCCAGGAGGAAAACCAACGAGGAGGAGGACCCGACGAUCAUACCCAGCACUGCGCCCCUCGGGUUCCUGGGGAGGCUUCCGUGGAAGAUCGGAGGGACACUAAGAUACAAGCCCAGCGCGGCGUUCCUGCAGGACCACCCGGGGGCCGCAACGCAUCCGGACGAGAAUCAGCCGUUGCUAGACUCCGACGGCGAUGAGGACGUGCAUCCCGCGGUGACCGCACAAAUGAGGAAACGGAGUGGUACGGCAGGGUCCGGCGACACAUCAGACUCGUACAGGUCCAGAGGAGACCUGUUCCCCAGCGACGGCGAAGGAGAGGAGGACGCGAUCCCACUGGACGACGAGUUCGCAAUGAACCUGAACAGGGCGGACGACCGAGCCAGCAACAGGACGAGGAGUAGUAAGGGCAAGAGGCCAGCAUCAAGAAACGUAUCCGCGACGACACUAUCGUCCAGCACAUCCAACUCCUCGCUGAGGGCGAGGAAGAGCUCACAUGGCUCUUUGCAAGCCAUGGAGAACUCGAUACACUCCAUCGUGGAGGCGUCAUUAGAGGACCUCCAGCGCGAAGAGGAGGAAGCCGAGAUGCAAGAGGACCAAGAGGUUGCCCGCAAGCGGGAAGUAGCCGCGGAGCUGGCCCGACAGCGGGGCUUAUCCACGAGCGAGACUUUCGACACGGGCGAGUCGGAGGCUCGGGCUAAGAGCUCGAUGCUCCCUGUGGGGGAGAUAUUGGAGCCGCAGAGCCCAGGGGCCAGGCAAGGCCCGGAGCGGGAUACUGAAGAGACGGGGCCCUUCGCACAAGGCGUCCCAGGCCAACUGCACGACGCGGCCUCCGAGGGCGUCAUAACACAGCAGGUCGACGGUGCCGAUGAUGACUUCGUGCCCGCGAGAUUGCCGAGCUUUCGAUAA